CCGAGGUCCCGGAGUGCGGCUGAAGAGGCAACAUGGCGGCACCGAGCGGAACAAAGCAGAGCUCCCCCGGGUUCCUCCGGGUUCUCCUGCCUCGGUAGGUCCGCUCAGCGCUGACUGCAGCUCGGACAGACAGGAGCCUCUGUCCUCCUGCCGCCGCUCAGACUGCUGCAGCCUUGUUCCCAGACCCCCGCUGGUCCCUGCCUCUGUAGGACGUCCUGCCCCAAACCAGUCUGUCCAGCUCAGCGACUCGCGGAACGUCCCGACCGCCAUGAACACCCCGGAGACGGCUGCUGAGUCAGCAGGAGUGGCCCCAACCACUGUCUGCCCCUCAGAGAUGAUGGUACCCGUCCUGUCCACCAGGGGGAGCCACAACACAGCCAGCACACUGCAGCUCCAACAGACAAAUCAAGUGAAUUUUCUGUCAAAAUUCCAGACGUCUGUCAGCACUGCAGGAAGUUCCUCCUGCAGCGACCCCAGCUCCUGUGCAGCGGCGAGAGACCUUACCGCUGCCACCAGCGGGGGCGAAGCUUCGGCCAGCAGACCACCUGCAAGCAGCACCUGUAGGGACACGGUCCGGCCCAAACCUCACAGCUGCCACCAGUGUGACAAAUCCUUCACGUCGCCGCGGCACCUGCAGGAGCACCAGCGGGUUCACACGGGGGAGAAACCGGACGUCUGUCAGCAGUGUGGGAAGUCCUUCCGCUACUCAGCCAACCUGCGGCGACACCAGCUGCUUCACCGCGGGGAGAAACCGUACCGCUGCCACCUGUGUGGGCGGAGCUUCGGCCAGCAGACCACCUACAAGCGGCACCUCUACAUCCACACGGGGGAGAAACCUUACCACUGCGCCCAGUGUGGGAGGGGCUUCGGCACCCCGACGGCGUGCGUGGAGCAUCAGCGCAUCCACACUGGGGAGAAACCGUACCGCUGCGAAGAAUGUGGGAGGAGCUUCAGGCUGCUGUGGACGUUCCAGCAGCACCGGCGCCUUCACACCGGGGAGAGACCGUACCGAUGCUCCCACUGCGACAAGACCUUCACCUCGUCGUCCAACCUGGCGGUGCACCAGCGCAGCCACACCGGCGAGAAACCGUACUGGUGCGACGUGUGCAACAAGAGCUUCAGCAACUCGAGCGCGUGGAAGCUGCACCAGCGCGUUCACACCGGCGAGAAACCGUACCACUGCGCCGAGUGCGGCAAGAGCUUCAGCCGGCCCACCACCUUCCAGCUGCACCAGCGCAUCCACACGGGGGAGAAACCCUACCGCUGCGGCGAGUGCGACAAGUGCUUCAGCGACCCCACCGCCUUCAAGCAGCACAAGCGCGUGCACACGGGCGAGAGGCCGUACCGCUGUGAGUUCUGUGACAGGCGCUUCGGCUCGCCGUCCUCCCUGACGGUGCACCGCCGCCUGCACACCGGAGAGAAACCAUACGGCUGCGAGCGCUGCCAGAAACACUUCAUCUCAUCGGCUCAGAGGAAGAAACACCACUGCAGCUGAAGAGUGGAUGUGAUAUUAAUGAUAUUUUUGACUUUUCCAAGUCAAGUACAUUUCUCAAGUAUGUGCACUGUACCUUGAGUUUUUUUUUAUUUGGAAACUUCUGACUUUUAUUCCUCUGCAUUUGAAAGACACAUAUUGUACCUUUGACUGACUUUGAAAUCAGCUGUUGAUUUUUUUUCUUUUCUAAAAUGUGAUUGGCUGCACACUGUGUUCCUCACAGGAGAGGAACCAAUCACAGCGUCCGCUCUGGGUUUGAAGUCAAAGCAGGAACUCAUCGUCCAGCUCUGUGAAACAACAAGCAAGACCUCUGCUUUCAAAAUAAAAUGCCUUUGUUCCUGAUAGCGAAGCGCUAACAGCUAACCCGGUGCUGGUCAGUCCAUGUGUACAGCGUCGUGGUUCUACCAGCAAGUUCCCGGGUUCUUUGAACCCAUCAUGAAAACAAAACAUCAGUGUGCUGACAUUAUAAAGAAAAUGUACUUUUAAAUACUUUUAAAAGCUGGUACUCCAGUACUUUAACUGUGUGUGUAUUUUAAGUGACUUUGCAGUGGAGGAAUGUUCGACCAGGCGGAUCUCGACUUUCACUCAAAUGAUGUUGGCGAGAUCUUCGUCCACCACUGAUUGUUAGUAACCCAGAACAUGAUGACCAAUAUCUUGGGCCAAAACUCAUUUGUAGUGAAAAAAAAGAAAAGAAAAGAAUUCAGUG